GGCUGCGGCUGCAGGGGCGAAGGGGCCGCCUCGGGGUGCGCCAUGACCCGCGCCGAGCGGCCGCUCCAGGGGACCGAGGGCGAUGGGAGCCCCACCGGGUGCCCUCCGCCGCCCCCCUCCACCGGUGCGGGGCCGGGGCCGGGGGCAGCAGGACGGCGGCGGCGGUGCGGAAAGUGCGGCCGCCAAUGCUCAGGCUGAGGCGGGCGCCGGCGCCGGGGCCGGGCGGGGCGGGCGGAGCCGCGGCUGCCGCCAUGGGGCUGCUCAACUUCACCCGCGACCCGGUGCCGGAGGCGGUGAGCGGCGACAUGCACAACCUCAACCAGCUCAGCGCCCAGCAAUUCUCAGCGCUGACUGAAAUCCUCUUCCGCUUUCUAAUAGAGCCCAAGGAGGUGGAAAGAUUUCUGACUCAGCUCUCAGACUUUGCCACCAUGAAUAAAAUCAGCUUGGGCCCCCUGAAAAACAUUGUCAAAAGUAUUCUUCUGGUACCUAAUGGUGCCCUGAAGAGGAAUUUGUCUUCCGAACAAGUCAGAGCAGAUUUUAUUGCUCUAGGCCUCAGUGAAGAGAAAGCCAGUUAUUUUGCAGAACAGUGGAAGGUGAAUUCCCCCACCCUAACACGCCUGGCUGUUGGUCACACGCUGAUGAUUAACCAGCUGAUAGAUAUGGAGUGGAAGUUUGGAGUGACUGCUGGGAGUAGUGAACUGGAAAAAGUGGGGAGUAUCUUCUUACAGGUAAAUCUUCUACAUCAGAGAGUUCAGGUUGUAGUGCUGUUAAAGAACAAGCUGCGACCAGGCAUGUGGGAAGCACUGGCUGUGAGAGGAACUAGAGGAAUGCUAGAUCUCAUAGGAACAAGUUCUGCAACGGUGCAUCUGCUUCAGUCUUCUGUGUGCAACUGCCAGCAGACAGCAGGCACGCUGCUAUUUACUUCUCUUCUGAAGGCAUCAUGUAUCACAGAAGCGUAGCCCACUCUGAAAAGCUGUUCAAAAAGCUCAAUCUAGCAAAGGUCACGCUCUCUCGGGGAGGGAGGGGAAACGUGAUCACUUAUAAGGACUUCCAGAGAUCCUCGCAAUGCCUGAGGAAUCUGUUCCUACAGUGACACUUCCCAAAAAGCCUGUCAAAGACACACGUGCUUUGCAGCAGUCUGCCCAUCUGAAACUCACAGCACACUCUUGCACUUCUGUGUUUUCAUGGUGCUCAGAAUACAGGUCUCUCUGAAUUAAAAUACCUCUGCUUUUUCUUCCUCCAAGCUGAAGCUGGUGAUUAAAAAAGGGAGCCAAAUGGAAAACGUAUAUAUAGGUGAGUUAACAGUUCUGGAAAAGAAGUAAGCGUUGGAGUUUGCGAAAGUGGAGCAGCAGCUCAGAACUCCAAGUGUUGCUGGAGGUUGGGGAGCUUUGGGCGUGGACCCAGCAGGGGUCAGUGCGAGAGCAUCGCUGGUGGAUGCUGCAGCUGCUCCUGCCCUGGCCUCUCCCCACCGCAGUCACUCUGGAAGUAUUUAGGAACACCGACUGCUGGGCAGUCUUCACAUCUUUGCCUAAGUAAAUAUAGAUAUGCCAUGGAGCUGUGAAAAGCAGUCAGAGCAGCAUGGCAGACACAGAAAGUAAACAAUUCCCGAGCAUCGGGUGCUGUUAGGAGAAUCCUAGCCCGGAACCCCACGCAGCCCAGCUAGUGUGAAAAAACAGCUGCUGAGAUCCACAGUGUCGAAUCCUGCCUAGCUUAGGUGAAUGCAGGUUGCCCUGUGGUAGCACCAGAAUGGCUUUUCCAACGUAACCUGAAAUCUAAGACUUUGACGCCUAUUUUUUUCUGCAGAGUUAACUUUGCCCCAGUUCUACAGUUUCCUGCAUGAAAUGGAACGGGUCAAAACCAGCCUGGAAAGCUUCAGCUGAAACUGCAUGGGCCUGAACCAACAUCUGUCCAGGAUGUUUAAUUUCUCCUUGUGGGCCUGCAGAUCAUCUUUCCCAGCAGACUCUGACACCCUGGCAAAAGAAGACAAGGCUGUGCAACAAGCAGCCAUGUCACAGCCAGAAGGACCCAUCAAUCCUUCAGAACCUGAAACUUUGGCAAGUGUUUCGAAGCAGCUACAAGUCCACUCAUCUCUUUUUUUUUUUUAUAUAGUAUUAUGAGAAAUAGUGGUCAGAAAUAUGUGGAUAAACAGCAAAGAAAUAAACCCAUUCCCAUCCUGC